CGAAUAGACAAUUUCGAUAGCAGUGUUUAUUGUGGCCACAAAAUCUUACUGUGAUUAAUUUUGCUCAUUUGUCCCUGUAUGUCUGUUUGUGAAAUGAUGCUUCUUUGUCGAAAAUUCAGGUGCCAUAAAUACAAUUUAUUUGUGUCUACAUAUCUGCUUGUCGUGGACUUGUUCAUGGACUAGAAAUCAUCCCCUUAGAAAUUUUAGUUAUCUCAUUGAUGCCAAUUAAUUCACUCGGUGAUUAUCAUACUGCUAAGCUCGUUGAUUUCUAACCCAGCGAAAUUCUUCCCUACACUUCACUCAUAGAGACAUCGUCAUUUUGCUGCGCAUCCCAUUCUGAUGUAACUUCAAUUUGUUUCAUUCCCUGUUUCUAAUUUUUUGAUCGGUUAGUGAAUAUAUUUGUCUGAUUAAUAGUUGCUUCUAGAAAGCAACAGCGACAAUGAGAGAAAUUUUUUUUUUUUUGCAUGUUAUCUAGGCAUGAAAGUUUCAUUCAAUUCGCGCUAAAUCAUCAACGACUAGCUAAAAAUAGUGCUAAGGUUUCUUUAAAACAGCAAUUUUAAUCUGGAUAUUAGAGUGGUUCUUGAUGUAUUGCAAGCUGUUGCUCCAGUCCGAGCUCACCGCAGAAGACAGGAGUACUCAGACGCUUGUCAUGCUUCUUAUUUAUUGUCAUAUUCAAAGCAAUGUUGUUCCUACCAAGCAUUGUUGAAUAACUGGUUAUAUAUGGAGUAUUACCAUUUUGUUGAUUUUAAUUUUGUUAUCUUGAUAUGUGACCGGUAUUCUAUCCUUGGCCGAACCAUCGCCUCCCCCCUCAUCAAUGCAACGAUUGCAUGCCGGUCUUCCUGCGUUUACGGAAUGAACGAAUUCUCAAAUUUUACAAAUGAGUAGAAGAUCCUCAUAGUCAAGUCACAUUGACAUCAACCUAAAAACGAAUAGUUUCUGCAGGAUUAUGUGCGAAAUAUUUUUAACGGUGAAAAAAAUUCACGAGUCUAUUAAGUUUUGUGUCUAUAUCUUCUUAUCGCUGCCUGAGCUAAUUAUCUGAAGGAAUAUAUUCGGUUUAUUUAUGUUGUUCUGAAAAACUGCUACUACCAAGAACCUACCUCCUGAUCACAAACGACCGUGUGUGUAAUUGUCGGCCUGGAAUUGCUGAUUAUGAAAUGCGAUAGUGAUGAUUGAGCUGGGGAAAUAUGGUGUGGUCGAAAAUCUAUCGUCUGGAUUUCAAUUGAACUUGUUCACUUGCGAGAUGAAAACAAACUUUCGUUCGUCAUUACCUUACAAUCACUAGGAAGCUUGUUGCCUAUUGGACCCACCGCUGGUUGGCGUUGGCGGUGCGCUCUCUUAAUUCUCUCGGUUCUGUUGCGUGCUGUUGCGUCUGAGCUCCUGGCAGGGACUUGGCGCUCCCUCGGUAUCUUCUGGCCCAUCGCAGAUGGACGAUCUAAUACGGACAGUUUUACUAAUUUUCAAAAGCUCACGUUUAUCAUUCAUUAUCAUAUAGAAAUUUCAAAUAGUGGUUAUAUAAAAUAGCAUAAGAAUAUCUGUACGCUGAUGAAUAAAUAAUAAGCAAUAUCCGAAUAGCUGUAUCCUAUAUUUUCUCGAUAACAUUAGACUGGGAUUUGUAAGGUGAGAGGGUCUACUCAGUUGCUGGGACGUUCAAGUAAUGACGCCGCCGUUUAAAUCAUUCCUACGGUUGUUGUCGCUCACGACGGCUGCCUCUGCGUGUUUGGCGCCAGUCUUUGGCGAAGGCUUCAAACCUACGAGUGUGAACGCCAAGAUGCUGUACGAUUUUCGCACUCUGGAUUCCGUAGAGGAUUGGAUAGAAUCCUCGGACACGGUGCGGACACCUGGCAAGAGUAAAGCAGUCUUCACUCUACAGAAAACCCGGGAGUUUCAGCGCGGUGUUUUCUUCAGCCUGCUGAACCCUCAGCCAAAUGGGGCUGGGUUUGCAGGGGCCGCGUCACGCAGGCGAUGGGAUCUUAAGGGCAACACGGGCCUGGAGCUGCGGGUGCGAGCGCAGGGCGACUGUGACACUUACAAGCUCGUGCUCUACCACAAGGACCAGGCACCCAGCACUGGAGCCUGUGCUUACGAAGUCUUCUUCACGUUGCCUCUACUUGAAUGGACGUCGGUACAGUUACCUUUUGAUGACUUCCAGCCUUACUACCGAGGUGCUCCUUGCAACAACAGCGAACCUCUAGACGUGUCAUUCAUAUCGAGCGUUGGUAUACAGGUUGCUGGAGGAGUCUACAGAGAGAAAAAACAAAAAGGGGCGUCUGCUUUAGAAAUAGAAUAUCUCAGCACCUACAAAUGAUUAACUCGGCGGUGUGUUGAUUGUGAAUAAAUCUAUCAGGAAUUGCUAGAAUCGCUUAAGAUAUAUGCAUAGUAUUAUAUCCUACCUAUGAGCAUUCAGUUAAAAUCUAGCAGAAAUAAAACAGUUUAAUAC